AGCGCGAUUCUGUUGCCCAGGGUCCUCUCCAGUCGUGCGAGACUGGGCUUUUGACACAUUUCUGGGCUCCUCCUGUGUGGGGGUGGACUUGUCAUUUCCUGUGGAUGAAGCCAGUUCCGAGCACAGACGGGGAGAGCUCCCUGGCGGCUUUCCCUGACCCACUUUGGUUUUCUCAGGACUUCACCCAUUCCCGAGACAGACAGAUUGAGGGGGAGAAAAGUAUGGCCUCCAGGCUUCCGACGACCUGGUCCUGUGAACCAGUGACUUUUGAAGAUGUUACACUGGGUUUUACCGGGGAAGAGUGGGGACUGCUGGACCUCGAACAAAAAUCUCUGUACAGGGAAGUGAUGCUAGAGAACUACAGCAACCUGGUCUCAGUGGAACAUCAGCUUUCCAAGCCAGAUGUGGUAUCUCAGUUAGAGGAAGCAGAAGAAUUCUGGCCGUUGGAGAGAGGAAUUCCUCAAGACACCCUUCCAGAAUAUCUUGGGCCUCAGCUCAAAAUUCAGUUGGAUUCUCUUCCUGCAGAGAAUCCCCUGAUGAACAUUGAGGUUGUUGAGGUCCUCACACUGAACCAGGAGGUAGCUGGUGCCCGGAAUGCCCAGAUUCGUGCUCUCUAUGCUGAAGAUGGGGUCCUGAGCCCUGACACUCUCAAGGAGCCAGUACAGCAGCUAAGCAACCAUCCAGCUGAUCCUGAGGCAGCUCGUCAGAAAUUUCGGCAGUUCCAUUAUGAGAAUGUGGUAGGUCCCCGAGAAGCCCUUGCCCACCUUCGUGAACUCUGUUACCAGUGGCUGGAGCCUGACGUGCACUCAAAGGAACAGAUGCUGGAGCUGCUGGUGUUAGAGCAGUUCCUCGGUGCACUACCUGGGAAGCUCCGGACGUGGGUGGAAUCACAGCACCCAAAGGACUACGAAGAGGUGGCAGCCUUGGUGGAGGAUGCAACUUGGAUAUCUGAGGAGGAAGCACCACCUGCCCAGCCUUCUCAGGACCCCACCUGCUGUCUCAAGGUCCCUGCUCAGCAGGAAGAGAAGCAGCAGAAGGCUACAGCCAUCCAGCCAGAGACGGUCCUGCCUGAGGAGCCAGUGACCUUCCAGGAUGUUGCUGUGGACUUUACCCGGGAGGAGUGGGGGCUGUUGGGCCCAACACAAAGGACUGAGUACCAUGAUGUAAUGCUGGAAACAUUCGGGCACCUGGUCUCUGUGGGGUGGGAGACUACACUGGAAAGUAAGCAAUUAAAUCCAAAUUCUGACAUUCCUGAGGGAGAACCAGCCCACAGCCUGAAAGUACAAGAAUUCUCAAGAGAUUGUGCCACAUCUUCCACCUCAGGAGAUGUCUUGCAGCACAUGGACCCAAAUGUCACAGACAGAGUUUUGAAACAAGCGGGGUCUGCUCUGGAAAAAGUCCUCCCUCAGGUGGAGCCUUGUGAAAACCCCAAGUCCCAGGCAAACGCUUGUCUUGACACAAGUCAGGUUUUGCUCCAGAAGGUGUCUCCUAAAAAACGUUUGCACAAACGUGGCUCACAGGUUAAGAACAUAAAACAUAAUUCACAUAUAAAACAUCAGAAUCGUUGUGAAAGACAAAAGGCCAAAGAAAGCAGUGGUUGUAGGAAAACCUUCAGCCGGAGUGCUAAGCAGAUUACAUUUAUAAGAAUUCACAAGGGGAGCCAAGUUUGCAGGUGUAGUGAAUGUGGUAAAAUGUUUCGGAACCCAAGAUACUUUUCUGUACAUAAGAAAAUCCACACUGGGGAGAGGCCUUAUGUGUGUCAGGACUGCGGGAAAGGGUUUGUUCAGAGCUCUUCCCUUACACAGCAUCAGAGAGUUCAUUCUGGAGAGAGACCAUUUGAGUGUCAAGAGUGUGGAAGGACCUUCAAUGAUCGCUCAGCAAUCUCCCAGCACCUGAGAACUCACACUGGAGCUAAGCCCUACCCAUGUCAGGACUGUGGAAAAGCCUUCCGCCAGAGCUCCCACCUCAUUCGGCAUCAGAGGACUCACACUGGGGAGCGCCCAUAUGUGUGCCACAAAUGUGGAAAGGCAUUCACCCAGAGCUCACACCUUAUUGGGCACCAGAAAACCCACAAUAGGACAAAGUGGAAGAAGAAACAGCCUACUUCAUAGCUCUCAAGCCAGUUGAAGGGACAGUGCCUUUUCAACUUGAUCCUUUAACAGAACAUGCAUUGGAUGGUUGGGAAUUGGGACCGAAUGUGAAAGAAGCAGAGGGAGGACAUUCCCCAAACCAAAGAACCACUGGGGAUACCACCAUUCUUUUAAUCAGAGUAAAGAAGAAAAUGAAUUGUCAAUGUAUUGGGGAAAAAAAUAUUUAAUUUUUCAGUCA